AUGGCGGCGAGCAUGCCGUUGAGCCCGGCCUUGGGCGAGGCGCGGGGCAGCCUCUCCUCGGCGCCCGGGUCGCGCGCGGGGGGCUCCUCGGGCUCGGCGCUGCCGGCCCUGCAGCGGGGCGGGUCCAUGGUGAUGGCCGACGGGCGCGACUCCAGGGGCACGCCGGGGCAGCAGAGGAAGAGGUCCCCCAGGGCCUCGAGGAGCUUGAAGAAUGCGAAAGAGGGGGACAGCCUCGAGACGUUCAGGCGCAAGGGCCCGCAGGGCAAGCACCAGAACCCGAUGCGGCACGCGACCGCUAUGCUGGUGGAGCAGCUGCUACCCGCAACCGAACAGCACAACAGCUUGAAGGAGAGCGACCUCGAAAGCCCACAGCAGGGUUCCAGGGACUUCUGCGACGACACGGGGCUGGGCACGCCCACCGGGUCUUUCCAAAGAGGCUUCAGGCGUAUGUUGACGUGGAGGCCGCUCAGCAGUCUUUGGGCCACGAGGCGCCUCCCCGACCUAUGCGACGGCGGCGAGUUCCGGAUCAUGGACCGCUUGGGGCCCUUCGGGCAGUCGCGCGGGCAUUGGGCCAUGAGCAGCGCGACCGUCAAGAGGAGCAAGAAGAGGCCCCUACAGGCGGCGCGGAUACGAGCCCAGAGCUUCGCCUCGUCGCUGCUCGACCGGUCUGCCCGCGACAUAUCCCUGGACAGCGACGACCCCAGUUUGGCCAGGACCUUCAGCCCGGGGUUUGGCGCCGACAGCGCCAUGAUUGCGGGCGCGGAUGUUGAAGAGGGUGCAUGGGCUGGCGAGGACCAGGACGGCACUGGGGAGGACCUGGAUGAACUCUUCAUGGAGGACAUCUACCACGCCUUCUUGGACGCCAAGUGGUGGAAGCAGCUGGUAGUGUUCGGUAUGGCGUACGUCAUCUGUUUCAUCUGUUUUGCUAUCCUGUGGCUCCUGAUCGACAAGCCAUGUGGGCUGGGCUUGGAGGGGACCUUCGUGCGCGCCUACCUGCUGUCCGUGGAGUCCAUGCUGACCAUCGGGUAUGGAGUCCCGGACCCCUACAUGAAAGGCUGUUGGCAGGGCGCCGUGGUGCUGACGAUGCAGAGCCUGACGCAGCUGAUCAUCGGGGCAUGCCUGAUCGGCGUGAUCUUCCAGGGCCUCUCCCGGCCGCAGAGCCGCGCCUGCACGAUCGUGUUCAGCGACCGCGCCGUCAUCAAUUCGAUUGACGGGGCGCACUACUUCAUGUUCCGCAUCUGCGACCUGCGCAUUCAGCACGCCCUCAUCGAGCCCCACGUGCGGUGCUACUGCGUGAAGAGGCACUCCCGCAGGGGCUGGGAGAUGAUCCCCAUGCGGCUCGAGCAGCCCGACGACGAGCUCGGAGCUUCGCUGCUCCUUACGCUUCCCUGUACCGUCGUCCACCGCAUAGACAGGUGGAGCCCUCUGUCCCCCUCGCCGCCCGGCGCGCGGGAGAUGGACGGCGGCGACCGCCGCGGCUGGGGCAAGUCGGACGACGCGAGGGUGGAGCCGAUCUGCUCCAAGUCCUGGCCCAAGCCGCGGCAGCGCCAGAGCGGGGCCGAGGGCGGCGGCCAGGACACCUGCCUGUGCCCCACCUGCGGGGAGUCCUUCCAGACGGUCAACAUGCUGAAGCGGCACUGCCUGUACAACGCGCACUCCGACGAGGUGUCCGGCAUGCCCGAAGGGGUCCGGCACAGGGAGCUCACCGACGAGGACCUCGCCAUCCUGGGCGACCACGACCCGACGAGGGAGGAGCUGGAGGAGUACUUCAACCAGGAGGACGAGGACGGUCAGCAGGCGAACCACCUCGAGGUGGUGGUCCUCGUCGAGGGCAUCGAGCCCACAACCUCCUCCACGCUGCAGGCCCGGCACUCGUACGCCGUGGGUCCCUCGGUGAGCGGCGACUUCGAGUGGGAUGCCGACUUCGAGGAGUGUUGCGAGGCGGUGCCGGGCCGAGGCAGCAAGGGCCUCGUGCUGGACCUGUCCCGCUUCCACACGCUGCGCCCGCGGGACUGGCAGGGUGACACCCACGACGUCUUCCACCUGGAGGAGGGCGAGGAGGAGGACGACGAGACCCGGCGGGCCAGGCCGACGCGGGCUCGCCUCCCCACCCGGCCGCUCAUCCGCAACCGCAGCCCCCGGCGGACCCGCAAGGGCAGCGCGUGCUGGGAGCCCUCGGUGGAGCCCGAGCUCCAGCCGGCGGCCCGGCGCUCGGGGAGCUUCUCGGGGGGCAGCUGCGGCGACUUCGCCAGGCACACCAGCGAGCCUUAG